AUGGUGGAGAAGUUGAAAGAAAAAUUCUUGCCUAAUGACUACAAUGUUCAGCUCUACAAGAGGCUCCAAAAUCUGAAACAAAAAGAUAGGGAUGUGCAGGCAUACACUGAGGAAUUUCACAAGUUGGAUAUAAGAGCAGCACAUGACGAAGAUGAUGAAGAGAAGGUGGCAAGGUAUCUGAAUGGGUUGAGGUAUAACAUUCAAGAUGAACUUAGUCUCACAACACCAAGAAUAGCAAAGGAGUGUUAUAAGUUGGUUAUGAAGGUUGAGGAAAAGUUGCAGAGAAGGCAAGAGAGAAAAGGAAGAGGUAGAGGAAAUACCACAGAGGAAGAGGAAAAAGACAAACUCAAGAAGACCAAGGAGACACAAUCAAAGGUAAGGAGCAAGUUACUGAUUUUAGAGGAGGCUUUAGAGGCACAAGAGGAAGGUUCAACUACAUUCACGGGAAGGUGCUACAACUGCAAUGAAAUUGGUCAUCUAGCAUUCAAGUGUCCAGAAUGA